AUGGGUGUUGCUAUUGCACUGAUUGCAUUCCUAGUCCCUGCUGUUGUGUACGCCGUGUAUCGACGCAACACAAAGAUAUCCAUAGACCAUGUUCGUGGUCCUGUGGCUGACGCUUCGUUCUUGUUAGGAAAUCUUCCAGAGUUGUAUCAAAGUGAUGCUGCAGCGGCGGAUCUUAAGUGGCAAAAGGCGUAUGGUGAUAUCGUCCGAGUCAAGGGAGUUUUGGGGGAAGACCGCUUGCUCAUCAUGGACGCGAAGGCCCUGCAGUAUAUCUACCAGACAUCUGGCUAUCACUGGCCUAAGAUGUGGGAGCGUCGAGAGCUGAGCCGCUUGGCAGCAGGGCAGGGCCUAACGUGGGCCGAUGGCGAUGUGCACAAGCGGCAGAGGAAGAUAAUGCUCCCUGGUUUUGGUACCCGAGAAGCCCGCUCAUUCCUCCCUAUUUUCUUUUCGGCUGCCAACAAGCUCGGCGAAAAAUGGAAAGAUAUGAUUUCAGCAUCAAGUGCUGACGGCUCUAUGGUGAUGCUAUUGGAGAAGGCGACGGCGUUCGACUACCGUUUCGGAGGUUUGGACGACGAUAAAAAUGAAUUAGCAAAUGCAUACACCACUUUGCUAUCAGAAACAUUUGGUUCCCCUUCACUGACGUCCAUCUUCACCAUUUCCACUUGGGCACAUUUGCCUUCAUGGUUACGACACUUCUUCCAACGGAAAAGUGCAAAGCUUCGGCACGCUAGGGAGACCGAGAGAAUUGGCAACGGCGUGGCGAAGACCUUGAUAGAUGCGAAGGCGAAUGCACUCCUCGACGGCAAAGGGAAUAAGGAUAUCAUGAGCUUGUUGGUACAAUCCAACAACUCCGAGAACGAGAGCACAAGAAUGUCGACCCCAGAAAUGCUCGCGCAAAUGAGGACCAUCAUGCUAGCGGGCCACGAAACCACAGCAAACACGUUGAACUGGACCCUUCUAGAAAUCUGCAAGCAACCUCAUAUUCAGCGCAAACUCCGCGCCGAAAUAUGGGCAGCUGAGAACGAGCUUCGCACAAAUGGGCGCACACAAUUUGAGGUGUCUGAUUUCGAGAAUAUGCCAUACACCACUGCUGUGGUCAAGGAGGCGCUGAGAUUCCACCCAGCUCUACAUCAUGCGUUUAGGACUGCUGGGAGAGAUGAUGUUCUCCCACUUUCGACACCUCUCCGAGUGAUCGACGGCACCGUCAUCACCGAGCUUACGGUUCCUAAAGGUCUGAAAGUUGUAGCAUCCAUCACCGGGUAUAACCGAAACAAGCAAGUAUUCGGCGAGGAUGCAGAUGUUUUCAACCCAGACCGAUGGCUCAGGACCUCAGACGGGAAGAAGCAAACUGUUGUCGGGGUGUAUGCAAACGUCUUGACGUUUGCUGCUGGAGUGCGGUCUUGUAUUGGUUGGAGAUUUGCCCUUUACGAACUCCAUGCCUUCCUUAUAGAGCUCAUCAGUAACUUCGAGUUUGAGCUGACACCGGAGGCUGAACAUGUCAGGCGGCAUCCCUGUUUGGUUGUGGCGCCCACCAUAGAGGGUCGGGAGAAUGAGGGGGUACAGCUGCCGCUCAAAGUUCGCAUCGCCAUUAGGGAGUGA